AACAAGUGUAGGGAUUUUUAAUUUUACGUCUACGUCGUCAAAGCGUAUUUCAAGACGAGGAAAGCUGCACAGUGAAGGGUUGAGCAUAAACCCCAAGAUUCUUGUUAAAAAUUCAUUGAAAAUCUUGCUUGGUUAUGGGUUUAAGAUCAGUGUUUGAUGCAUCUGCAGUCAGAACUGAAUUUGACAACUCUGGAAUCAACACCCACUUCAUCCCUUUAAUCUGGAAGUACUUGCUUCACAACCCUAAUUGUGAAUGGGAAGAUAUUCCGUCUUUGCCCUCAGCGGCUUAUACGUUACUUCGCUCAAAGUUUAAAACUUUGAGCUCGACUCUGCACUCUGCUACUGAUUCGUCUGACCAAGUUACCACCAAGAUGCUCAUUAAGUUGCAGAAUGGUGCAUUUGUGGAAGCUGUAAUUAUGCGGUAUGAUUCAAGUUUGGGAACGCUUGGUGGGAAACCUCGUCCAGGUGGUCUUAGGUCAACAUUGUGUAUAUCCUCUCAGGUUGGUUGCAAGAUGGGAUGCACAUUUUGUGCAACGGGAACUAUGGGGUUCAAAAGUAAUCUGUCAUCAGGAGAGAUAAUAGAACAGUUGGUGCAUGCCUCUCGCAUCUCAAAAAUCCGUAAUAUCGUUUUCAUGGGAAUGGGGGAGCCAUUGAAUAACUAUACUGCUUUAACAGAAGCUAUCCAAGUGAUGACAACUUCUCCAUUUCAGCUUUCACCAAGGAAAAUUACUGUCUCAACAGUUGGAAUUAUCCAUGCUAUUAAGAAGUUUCAUGGCGAUAUGCCAAAUGUGAACCUGGCAGUAUCUCUACAUGCGCCAGUUCAAGAUAUUCGUUGUCAAAUAAUGCCUGCAGCGCGGGCUUUUCCCUUACAUAAACUUAUGGAUGCACUGCAAGAAUAUCAAAAGAACAGCCAGCAAAAAAUCUUUAUUGAGUACAUAAUGCUUGAUGGGAUAAAUGAUGAAGAACAACAUGCUCAUCAGCUUGGCAAGUUGCUUGAAACAUUUCAAGUGGUUAUUAACCUGAUACCUUUCAAUCCAAUCGGUAGUUCAAGUGAUUUCGGAACGAGCAGCGAACAGAAAGUUGCAAUAUUUCAGAAAAUCCUCCGGGGGACCUAUGAAAUACGAACUACUGUUCGGAAGCAAAUGGGCCAAGAUAUAAGUGGUGCAUGCGGUCAACUGGUGGUCAACAUGCCAAAUAAAAGGUCUGGCAUGAAUGCUGCUCCAUUAGCUGACAUUGAAGAUCUGCAUCAUUAAUGGAUGCAAUUUCGAGGUGUCCGUGUGUUUGGUGCCACCACAGCCAUUUAAGCUGGUGGAGUCUUGAUGAAAUUUGAAAGACAGACUUGUCAUUGGAGGAACAUGUACAAGUUGCAAGUUGCUUUCAUCAACUGUAGGCUGUACUUUGAGUCGGAUCAUUAGUAAUAUUUUUGCACUCCAUACCGGAGGUAAUUGGUCUACUGAUAUGCUAAUUUGUAGAAAUGUGUAAGAGAGUAGUAAAUAUCAAUAUAUCAGCAAUACAGAUGGAUGUAAACUUUGAACAAGUUUUUGUUGAAACUAGAAAUUUUUGAAGUUUUAAAGCACCUUCGUAUGAUGUA